UUUUCACGUGUUUAUCAAAUUUUCAUCCAGCAAGUACCGACUGAGCUGUUAUGAAAUCGAAUCGGAGCAACAAAAUACACACAUUGGAGUUGCACAGGUGACUCCCACGUUUAUAGCGGUUUGUAGGUAAACAGUGAGUCCUUUAGGUGCGUGUUUCGCCAAAUCCGGUGCGGUUAAGUGAACGAUCAUGUCGGUACACACGGCACAGACCUCGGAAAGUGAUGCCUGGGCUUUAUUGUCGCUCAAAUCGGCCCCAGCCAGCCCUUCGAAGCUCCAGUGGAGCCCCGAAGACCAGGGGGACAUCAUAGCGCGGAUAGAGGCCAAAGAGUUCGAAUACUUAGUCCGGCAGAACCGCAUAGUUAUAGGUAGAAACAGUUCACGUGGUGAUGUCGAUGUAAAUAUGGGGCAUUCGAGCUUUAUAUCCCGCAGACACUUGGAAGUGUUUUUCGAUCAUCCGUUCUUCUACAUGAGCUGCAACGGGAAGAAUGGCGUUUUCAUCGAUGGGGUCUUUCAGCGAAAAGGGGCCCCAUCGAUCAGACUGCCCAAGACAUGUAUGUUCCGGUUCCCAAGUACCAAUAUACGAUUGUCCUUUCAAUCGCUAGUUGAUGAUGGAUUGGAUUCGGCAGCUCCUAAUGUGCGAGAAGUGUCGCCUGUACGCAUCAGGGAGCGAGCUGGAGGAGGCAAUUCGUCAGGAGCUAUGCAUCCGCUACGCAUAAAUAUACCUGAAGGUGAAUUUGGAAACAGUCCUUUCCCAUCUCCCACUGGGACUAUUAGUGCCGCCAAUAGUUGCCCAGCAAGUCCAAGAAGUCACCAUGGGGUCAGUCAGGGCAAGAGGAACGUUCAGGCUGAUUUGCAAAUGGUGGCGGCGUAUGCAGCUGCUCAAGUGGCUCAUCGAGAUGAUGGGCAUCUCUCACAGAGUCACAGUCCCGACUACAGACAAACGACAUCGAAUGGCAACUCAGCUCCAUCUGUUGUAAUAAAUGAUGGCUAUAUAGCGAGUGGAAGCGGCAAAGAUGACUCAAAACCGCCCUUUUCGUACGCUCAAUUAAUAGUGCAAGCUGUGGCCAGCGCUGCCGAUAAGCAAUUGACGCUCUCAGGGAUUUACAGUUACAUAACCAAGCACUAUCCAUACUACAGAACAGCCGAUAAGGGAUGGCAAAAUUCAAUCAGACACAAUCUUAGUCUAAAUCGAUACUUCAUCAAGGUGCCCAGAAGCCAGGAAGAGCCCGGAAAAGGUUCCUUCUGGCGAAUCGAUCCUCAAUCAGAGUCGAAGUUGAUCGAACAGGCCUUCAGACGUCGGCGUCAGCGAGGAGUAUCUUGCUUCCGAGCUCCUUUCGGUUUAAGUUCACGGAGUGCUCCAGCUUCACCUUCGCAUUUAGGAAUUUCGGACGUUAUGACUCCGGAUUCUCUGUCUCGUGAAGGAUCUCCUACUAUGGAUCAUGGUAUCGACGUUAGUCAAUCCGCUCCGGGUAGUCCAGGAGCCGCUGUAGCGCGCGCUGGAUCUGGCGGUAUGAUCGGACAUCAGCAGAUGUCAGCUUUAGUGGGUGCGACCAAAGCGAGGCUCAUGCUGCCUCAACACCAUCAGGAUCAUUACAUUGAGCAACAAGUUAUCGAUCGGCCCUCGUCUAAUGGGCAACAAGAAUAUCGGGAAGAAAAAUUCCUUGUCAGUUCUAUGGAAGAGCGUUCAAUGUCUCCGACGCCUUUUUCGCCACAGCCCGUCAUCGUUCAGGCUGCAAACUACUCACCAUACAGUGGUAACAAUUACGGCAACAUAGGUAUAGAUUUGAAAAGACAACUGGAAGAACAAAGCGUUGGUAGUCCAUCUAGCUCCGGCGAAAUGGACGAUCCAGAAAUUAAACGACAGCGCUUAAUUCAGCCCAAAUACGAGACCGAGUAAAUCAACUGCAUACUUAUGCUAUAUGUAAGAGACAGGUACGUAUGCAUUCUUACUUAUCUUGUCUUUUGUUAAUAUCGUAAUGUUACAGUACAAUUGAGAAGCAAAAAUGCGGUUUCGUUAUGUAAACAUUUAAAACAGGCAUUGUUUAAUUUAGGUCGAAGAUUGAUCUUAUUCUUGCUUUUGCACUGAUUUACGUUAUAGAAGAUGGACUUAAUGAAAAUUUGGUUAUCGUGUCUAAAACGCGGCCCUUAAAAAUCUAAUUUACGCCCCAAAUGAGUGCAAGAGUAAGAAAAGUUCAGAGUAACAGGUUUUAUUGAUAAUGUACGCCCCCUUUUUCGUGUGAUACGGCAAUAAGUCAUGAGAAAUUGCGCAAAGAAUGUCUUUCGGUGUCAUUUAUAUAGUCUUCUUAUGCGGAUACAUUUAAGGUAACAAAACUUAAGCGAUUUUUACGUAAGUUAAGUGAUAUUCAAAGUCGACAAUUUCAUACUGGCACUGAUAAAAGAUUUAUCAGGUUGGCUUGUCAAGUAUUUAUGAUAUUUUGCAGUUGCAAAUUUUCCAUAUUCAAAAUAUACAUUUGCAGACAUUCUGAAGAUAUCACUAUAGGUCGGAAAUUAUGCAUAAAAUAGAUAUUUACCUAUUUGCAACAAUGACAAGAAAUAUCAGUCUUUUUUUCUAUCAGUCGGAGUUCAAACAUGAAACACUUCGUCUAGUUUUCUUUAAUAUAUGGACAACUUUCGGAUAGAAAAAAGUAAUUUCUGAAUUUUAAGUGAUGGAAUAUAGAUCUAUUAAAUCUAGAUAUAUCUAAUAGAUCUCAUAUUCUAGGAAUGUUUAUUGCUUUUUAUAUGAAUAAAUUUCUCCAAUAGGAACGACUGAACAAUAUUGGAUCAGCAUGUAUUUUUCAAUGUUUUUAUGUGAUUAAUUGAAGAAAACUUUCAAAAGCCGAAUGGUAUUUGAUGGUUAGAAAGUUUUGUUGCAAAACACAAUUUUAUUUCCUGGCAGUUUUGAUUAAUGUUGAAUGAAAUUCUAGUGCUUUUCAAAAUGAUGUACAUUUGUACUUGUACAUAGUGUAUAUGUCAUUUAAAUAAUAUGCUAUCUUUGAAAAAAUACUUUGUGCAAGCAAAACAUAUUUGGACUCUUCAAAUUCUGAUUUAUGGGAGGUUAACCGCUCACUCAAUCACCAGAUUUAUCUGCAGAAUUUUCUACUAGUAUUUUUAUUUAACAUAUUAAAGUGCCGUAUUAAUAAAUAGCAUCCACCCAGUGUUUGUUAAUUAAUUAAGACUUUUUUGUACUAGCGUGGUUGGUGCGACUUCUAUGCAAUACGCUUAAAAUAUAUUAGGUUUGAUGGUUUUGGAUGUUUGGUUCUUAUUUGUCUAAUGCCCAGUUUAUCAAGCCUUUGAAUUUAUUCUGUUCAAUUUGUCAAAUAAAUUUAAAUGACUUUCAUAAUGUUUGGUGAGCAUUCCUGAAGUUAAUUCUUAUUGGAUGCUUUGGCAAGUAAAAGUGACCAGACAUUUAUUAUCAGUCAUUCUGAUGUAUGAAAAUGAGCAGAACAAUUUCGAGCAUUUAAUUUCAGUUGGACUUUAUUAAGACGGUUAUAAUUGAGGAAGCCCCUGAUGGCUGAAAAGUGGUUUGCAUUGUAAAUAAGCAGUUAUUACGGAUAUAGUGGGCUUACAUGUAAAAACUGUACUCCGGUUUUCGACCCAAAACUGGUCUUACCCUGUUAGUUGUAUGUAUACAGAACUAUACUUGUAGGGAUAAAUAAUAAAGUAAUAUUGCUGUGAA